CUGAUAAUAAUGUGUUUUUAAUAUGAUACAUACACGUAACAAAUAAAUAUGUUGUGCUUUUAAAAAAACAGAACAAUUAGUUUUAUAUAAUACUAAGUAAUAUUUCGCGACCAUGACAUCACAAUGCGGCGACUUGCUUGACAGUUAUCACCACACAGCACGCAGCUGCACGUGCAAAUCACAACCGCAGAAAUGGAUAAAUUUGUAAUUCGCACAUCAAAAAAUGCUGAGAAAAUUGUGGACAGUCUGCCUGAGGAAUCUGAACCAAGUUCAUCAACUAAACAUAAAACCAAAGCCUCUUCUGGACAAAGUAGAAAACGUCGGAAAUAUCAAGAUGAUUUCAUAAAGUAUGGAUUUACUUAUUCUACCGUCAACGACGUACAACAUCCUCAGUGUGUAAUCUGUUCGGAAGUGCUCGCCAGUGAAAGUAUGAAGCCGGCAAAAAUGCAGAGACAUCUGGAGACAAAGCAUCCUAAUUGUGUUGAAAAGCCUUUAGACUUUUUCCGUCGAAAGGAGAAGGAAUUACAGUGUCAAAAGCGCAUAAUUGCACAACAAACCAAAGUUACUGCGAAUGCUCUGGAGGCAUCUUAUGAGGUUGCGUACUUAAUAGCGCAGACUAAAAAACCACACACAAUCGGGGAAACACUUAUAAAGCCUGCUGCUGUGGCUAUGUGUCGGGCCAUGCAUGGUGAGAAAAUAGCAAGUGAGCUUAUGACUGUCCCGUUGUCGAAUGACACAGUAGCUCGCCGCAUACAUGAUAUGGCAAAAGACAUUAAGAGUCAGUUGAUUGACAGAACAUGUGGGAAAAAGUAUGCACUACAAAUCGAUGAAUCAACCGAUGUGUCUAAUUCUGCUCAGUUGCUGGCAUUCAUCAGAUACACAUUUGACAAAAAACUCCACGAGGAUAUGCUCUUCUGCUCCGCGAUGGAGGGGACUUGGAGGCAGUGA